AUCGAAAGGCACAUGGAUGCAAACGUGUGCUAACAACAUAUUGAAAAACGUUAUUAUAACAAACAACUUUUCGAAUUUUCUCAGAAUUCCUUUGAAUUCCAUUGACCCACAAACAGCUGAUAUGUGUCAAAAUGGCGAUGUCUAUUGACAUUUGUUGAAAAAGAAAACAAAGCCUAUUUAAAUAGGAUAAUGUUUUGAAUUGAGAUCUAAAUUAGUAGAGUUUAAUAUUAGUACAUGUGCAUUGCAACGCGUGAUAUCAUGGACGGAAUGUUCGAGGCUUAUUUAGACGCUUCCUUAGAUCCAGAUGAUAUACCAAAAACCAACCAAACGGUUUGGAUACUGGGCAAAAGCUACCACGCCACGAAAGAUCUCAAAGAAAUCCGAAAAGACAUUAGUUCGAAAUUAUGGUUUACAUACAGGAAGUGUUUUGUUCCAAUCGGAGGCGAUAAUGGGUUAACCACAGACAGAGGCUGGGGCUGUAUGUUACGCUGCGGCCAGAUGGUGUUAGCACAAGCAAUAAUGGUCUCACAACUAGGCAGAGAUUGGCUCUGGGACAAAAGAACAAAAGAUCAAACCUACCUAAAAAUAGUACACAAAUUUGAGGAGAAUAAAAGCUCACCCUAUUCAAUACACCAAAUUGCUUUGACAGGGGAAUCCGAAGGAAAAUGUGUGGGCGAGUGGUUUGGACCCAACACUGUAGCACAAGUUUUAAAAAAAUUACAAAAAUAUGAUGACAGCAAUAUAAGGAUACAUGUAGCUCUAGAUAGUGUCGUUGUUAUUAGUGAAAUAAAGGAUUCUCAAUGCCCCUGCAACAAAACCACUCAACUAAGAACCCAAUGGACUCCACUGCUAUUAAUAGUGCCUUUAAGAUUAGGUUUAACAAAUGUUAAUCCAAUUUAUUUAGAAAGUUUAAAGAAAUGUUUUGAAUUCAAACAAAGCGUCGGCGUGAUAGGCGGCAAACCGAACUUGGCCCUCUACUUUAUCGGUUAUGUGGGUGACGAAGUAAUCUACCUCGACCCUCACACAACGCAGCCAUCUGGUUUUGUUGAAUUUAAACAAACCGACGCGAAUUGUCGAACCGACGCCACCUACCACAUAAAAUAUGCGUCCAGAAUGAGCAUGUUGGCGAUGGACCCGUCUGUAGCCGUGUGUUUUUUCUGCAAAACCGAAGUGGAAUUCUUUGAUCUUUGCCGGUUAAUAAAGUUGGAGGUGAUAGACAGUUCGAGUUCGCCAUUAUUCGAACUAGCGUAUGAGAAGCCAAAGGAAUGGGUACCUCAAGAAGGAAGUUCAAAGAAAGAUUUGGAUUUGGCGUCAAGAAAUUUCGACUCAGACCACGAAUUUGAGAUACUUUAAUGUUCUGCGGAUAAUACAUAUAAAUUGUGCAAAGUUAUGUAAUUUUCUAAAAACUAAUUAAAUAAAAAUGUUACGUUCUUCAAGCAUUUAAAAAUUAAUACUGUAUAUACUCUUUGUACUAAGCUUGAUUAUUAAGUUAUAAAGCAUCUUCCAUUUUUAAUUUUUAUAUGUGUUUAUUUAAGAUUUAUUCUUAAAAUGAAAGGCUAAGAGACUUAUUUAAGUUUAAUAAAUAAAAGUCGAAUCAACUUUAAUUUAUUUAUUUUGUACAGCAAAUAACAAACCUCAA